AUGGAAACAGACUGGCCAACGGGAUUUCUUAUUUUCUCGUUGUUGCUAGCUAUUAUUCAUUUGGGAUCUACUCAGACGACAUUAGUUACUGGCGCAACUACAUAUGACCCAACAGUUUUGCCAACGACAAUACCAGACGAAAACGCUACCACACCUGAGCCCAAAACUAAACUAACAAUUGGACUACUCAGCAAUUUAUUUGGAGAAAACACUGGAACUAUUUUCGUCGCGGGUGGGAUUAGCUAUGCGGUCGCAGAGAUUAACGAUGAUCCAGAUAUCCUACCUGAUUAUGAACUUGAAAUAGUAAGACAAAAUGCCGGGUGGACAAAAUUAACGUUUAACCCAUUUUCAUUCGAAACUGGAAUAAAUGAACUGUCCAGUAUUAAAGGUCUUACUACACUUGGCGAGAACCACGUUAAUGUUGUCAUCGGCCCUGACGAGUUCUGCACCACCGAGGCAAGAAUCGCAGCAGCAUGGGACAUGCCAAUGAUAUCUUACGCAUGUUCAGCGAGUGCGGUCAGCGACAAAGAACUGUAUCCAACAUUUUCAAGAACGUACCCAACAGACGCUCUUUACGCCAGCUCCAUAUUAUCAGUGUUGCAAGAAUUCAACUGGGAUUCCGUAACUAUCGUGAACGGACUCGAUGCUCCAUGGACUAGUACCGCUAAUCGACUACUUGAAAUACUGCCGGCAAAUAAUAUCACUAUAGAGUCGCAGCGUACUUUUGAAGCAGAUUACAUACCGUUGUAUUUCAAAGAAGAGGAGCCCCGCUUAUUUGAUCCAAUUAUCGAAGAGACUUACCAAACCACUCGAAUUUAUAUACUUCUAUGUCAUCAGUACGCCAGACUGGCAUUCAUGGGCGGGUUAGAAACGAUGGGUCUGCUGACGAACGGCGAGUAUAUGGUUAUAACAGUCGACACAGAGGAAUAUACCGUGAAUCCAGAUAAGCCUUAUCUUUAUCGAGAUGAUAUUUACGAAAACUACCCAUCUCCUUUGAGAACCCGAAGUGCCCGAUCUCUGUUGAUACUGGCGCCCAGACCACCUGCAGAUCCAGAAGGCUACGCCGAUUUUGUUGAAAAGUGCAAAGAAUAUCGUCAAAAUCCACCUUUUGGUUUCAACGCACCAAAUGCUAUGGUUGCCCCAGAGUCGGCGUAUCUUUACAGUGCAGUAUGGGUGUACGCACGUGCUUUGCAACAGGUUCUCGAUGAAGGCGGUUCUAUAGUUGACGGGGAAGCUAUUAUUCAGAAAACGCUUGGAAUGGUAUACAGAAGCCCAACAGGAAUCAUUUCAAAGAUCGACCAGCAUGGAGACGUCGGGGCUAAUCUGACGCUACUCAGUUUACAAGAAGCGAAUUACACACCGGGGUACGACUUCCGACCUGUGGCAGUUUUUAACCUAGAUGACGAACACAUCGGUGCCAACGAUACAACUGACCAGCUGUUGUAUGUUAAAUACGGGAACUACACAAUACAAUGGAUUGCUGGUUUCCCACCGAGAGCUGUACCGAUUUGUGGGUUCCGUGGGGAAUUAUGUCCCACAAUACCAAACUACACACCAGAGAUUGCAGGGGGCACGAUUGGUGGUCUCUUCCUAAUACUACUUAUCGUGUUGGGUCUUGUGUACAGGAAUUGGAAGUACGAGCAGGCCUUAGCUAGUCUAAUAUGGAAGAUAGACUACAGAGAAAUUAAGAUGAAGGACUCGAUAAACGCGUCUCAAUUUAACAUUGGCAGUAGGAUGAGCAUGAGAUCGAUAGAUUCUGGUGGAUCUGGAGGCAGGAUGCAAGCACAGAUUUUUACAUUGGUAGGGACUUACCGAGGCCAAGUGGUGGCCAUACAGAAAAUAAACAAAAAGAGCGUGGACCUAACACGAAAUCUUCGAAAGGAAUUCAAGGCUCUUCGGGAUUUGAAGCACGACAACAUCAAUCCAUUCGUUGGCGCAUGCGUUGACCCUCCUAAUAUCGCUAUUGUGUCAGAGUACUGUAGCAGGGGCAGUCUGCAGGAUAUUUUGGAGAAUGACGAAAUCAAUCUUGACAAUAUGUUUAGGGCUGCGCUGGUCGGAGACAUUUUGAAGGGUAUGAUCUACAUACAUAACAGCAGCUUCAAAUCGCAUGGAAACCUGAAGUCAUCGAACUGUGUAGUUGACAGCAGAUGGGUGCUGAAGAUUACCGGGUUUGGUCUGACCAAUUUGAAAGAAGGGGCGAAAAAGGAUAUAAAUGAAAUAGGCGAACACGCCUUCUACCAAAAUAUGUUAUGGACCGCACCCGAGCUUUUGAGAAUGUCCAACCCACCGCUGGCUGGAACCCAAAAGGGAGAUAUAUACUCGUUCGGUAUUAUUUUGUAUGAAAUAGCUCUGAGGAAUGGACCGUAUGGACAAUCUAUUUACACACCGUACGAAAUUGUUGAAAGACUGAAAAAUCCGCCCGACCCAUUAAGACCAAUCCGUCCACUCGUAUCCUCCCUGCAUGAGGUGGACACACCGGAAUACUACACAGCUGCACUGCAGACUUGCUGGAAUGAAUCCCCGGAGGCGCGGCCUGAUUUCAAAGAAGUGCGAGUUAAGCUGAAGGAGAUGCAGAAGGGAAUGAAAUCCAACAUAUUUGAUAAUAUGAUAAAAAUAAUGGAAAAGUAUGCGAACAACUUGGAAUCUAUUGUCGAAGAAAGAACAGGACUUCUGAUAGAAGAGAAAAAGAAGACCGACCAGUUACUUAAUAGCAUGCUCCCCAAGUCUGUUGCGAACACGUUGAAGAGAGGUGCAAAGGUGGACGCCGAAGCGUUCGAAGGCGUAACUAUAUAUUUCAGUGACAUCGUAGGAUUCACUAAGCUGUCUUCCGAGAGUACCCCGUGGCAGGUGAUUGAUCUUCUUAAUGAUCUGUACACGGUGUUCGAUUCUACAAUAAAGAACUAUGACGCAUACAAAGUGGAGACCAUAGGAGAUGCGUACAUGUUAGUAUCAGGAUUACCUAUACGUAAUGGGGACAGACACGCUGCGGAAAUUGCAUCUGCGUCAAUCCAUCUGUUAGAAGAAAUUAACAGAUUCGAGAUCCGACACAAGCCAGGUGAACAACUGAGACUGCGAAUCGGAAUCCAUUCAGGUCCAGUUUGCGCCGGUGUGGUAGGAUUAACCAUGCCAAGAUAUUGCUUAUUUGGAGAUACAGUAAAUACAGCAUCUCGAAUGGAAUCAAAUGGGCAACCUCAACGUAUCCACUGCAGUCCGACUUGUCGCGCACUUCUCGUUAAGAUUGGCGGGUAUGACAUUGAAGAACGUGGUUUGGUGGCUAUGAAAGGGAAGGGAGAGGUUCUCACCUACUGGAUUAAUGGACAAGACCCUUCUUAUAAGAGAGAGUCAGUCGUGUCAGCACCCGACAUUCAACCAGAAUCCGUGAAAAAUGAACCAGCGUUUGAGAUCAAGGCUAAAGACACUUCGGCAGAGGAAAAUGUGGGUGUGGGUGAAACGAUUGAGCUUAAGCAUGAACCAAUUGUUACGGUAGACGGCACUGGAAAGACACAUGAACCACAAAAAGCAUGGGGCACUGCAAAGCCUUCUCCAAUGCCUUCAAUUGAAGAACCGACAUCGGAAACACAGAUAAGUCUUCCAUCAACUGAGGUGCCGCCGAAUACCCCAGAGCAAACAGGCAAUAGUGAGACGGGUAAUGGCAAAGCCAAGGUGGAUGACGUCGACGAGACUAAACAGAAACACAAGAAGAAAAAGAAAAAGAAAAAGAAGAAGAAGAGUAAAGACAAAGAUAAAGAUAAUAAAGACAAGGAUGUUGAUAGUGAUGACGUAUUAGAAUUAGAAGAACAUCGACGGAUAAGCACCGACAGUAGAACAGCGUUAUUGGACGGGAAGAAAGAUGCUGUAGCGAACGGUCAAAGCCAAAAAGUUUCAACAACAAGCGACCAGAUUCCCCUUAUUGAUAUAAUCGCUCCAGGUUCCACCGUGUCGCAAACCGUACAAGAAACGGAUCCCGAUAGGACAAAGCAAAAGGACAGUUUGACAGACUCGGGGAUGCUGACUGGAAGCCCCAACCUCGCCAAUUCAAAUGACGCAGGUGUCAGCUAACGAAGUAUCGCUGGGUGAUACCAGUCAUGAUCUGUUUGUUGGGUAGAACAUUACUCAUGGCAUUCAAUCAACUUAUUAAUCGACCAAAGAAACCGAGGGAAACACUGUGUUUAUUCAAGUACAGCAGAUCAUCCAAUCAAUUAAUGUGCAUACUUACAAUAUUUCCGUCCAUGGUGCUGGAUUCGUUUGAACAGACAUGGAUUGUAUUUAGACGGACUUUGUAAAUAAGUGUAAAUAGAAGAGUUUUAUGCCGCAUCUUUAACUACGCAUUUUAGUUGAACUGAACGGAGCAGCCUCGAGGGAACAUUACCUACGUCGAUCGCGGUCUAUAUACAGUCAGAUUGGAUCGAAUCACUCCCAGAUUAACUUUGAACUUCAUAGUUCACACCACCUUAUCACAUACUAACCCAUCACCAUAUAUACCAAUUACCCGUUCACGCCCCCCCCCCCCAUAGCAAAUGCAAUACAGCAAAAAGUCAACGCAAUCUUGCCAAACUCUAUGCUUUUUUAUUACAAUUAUUCGGUUCACACGGAAUAAUAAUUGACAUAUUUUCACUUGGCACGUGUGAUUGGCAUUGCACAACAAUCUUAAACGGCACAAUAUAUGA